CCCGCGGCGCAGGUUCGGGUGAGAGGCGAUCGCGGCCGGAGCGGCACCGGGAGCGGCACCGGAGCGGGAGCACCAUGAUGGCCAACGCGGCCACCAUGCGGAUCCUCAUCAAGGGGGGCAAGGUGGUGAACGACGACUGCACCGUCGAGGCCGACGUCUACAUCGAGAACGGCAUCAUCCAGCAAGUGGGGCGCGAGCUGAUGAUCCCCGGCGGCGCCAAGGUCAUCGACGCCACCGGCAAGCUCGUCAUCCCGGGCGGCAUCGACACCAGCACCCACUUCCACCAGACCUUCAUGAACGCCACCUGCGUCGAUGACUUCUACCACGGCACCAAGGCAGCGCUGGUGGGGGGCACGACGAUGAUCAUCGGGCACGUCCUGCCCGACAAGGAGACGUCGCUGCUGGACGCCUACGAGAAGUGCCGCAGCCUGGCCGACCCCAAGGUGUGCUGCGACUACGCCUUGCACAUGGGCAUCACCUGGUGGGCGCCCAAGGUGAAGGCGGAGAUGGAGACGCUGGUGCGGGAGAAGGGGGUGAACUCCUUCCAGAUGUUCAUGACCUACAAGGACCUGUACAUGCUGCGGGACAGCGAGCUCUACCAGGUCCUGCGCGCCUGCCGCGACAUCGGCGCCAUCGCCCGCGUCCACGCCGAGAACGGCGAGCUGGUGGCCGAGGGAGCCAAGGAAGCGCUGGAUCUGGGCAUUACGGGGCCAGAGGGCAUCGAGAUCAGCCGGCCUGAGGAGCUGGAGGCUGAGGCCACGCACCGCGUCAUCACCAUCGCCAACCGGACCCACUGCCCUGUGUACCUGGUGAACGUCUCCAGCAUGUCCGCGGGGGAUGUCAUCGCCGCUGCCAAGAUGCAGGGGAAGGUGGUGUACGCGGAGACGACCACGGCGCACGCCACGCUCACCGGGCUGCACUACUACCACCAGGACUGGUUCCACGCCGCCGCCUACGUCACCGUGCCGCCGCUGCGCCUCGACACCAACACCUCCGCCUACCUCAUGAGCCUGCUCGCCAACGACACGUUGAACAUCGUGGCCUCGGACCACCGGCCCUUCAGCACCAAGCAGAAGGCCAUGGGCAAGGAGGACUUCACCAAGAUCCCGCACGGUGUCAGCGGGGUGCAGGACCGCAUGAACAUCAUCUGGGAGCGUGGCGUGGUGGGGGGCAAGAUGGAUGAGAACCGCUUCGUGGCCGUGACCAGCUCCAACGCUGCCAAGAUCCACAACCUGUACCCCCGCAAGGGCCGGAUCAUCCCCGGCGCUGACGCCGACGUCGUGGUCUGGGACCCCGAGGCCACCAAGACCAUCUCUGCCAGCACCCAGGUGCAGGGCGGGGACAUCAACCUGUACGAGAACAUGCGGUGCCACGGGGUGCCCCUGGUCACCAUCAGCCGCGGGCGCGUGGUCUACGAGAAUGGCGUCUUCAUGUGCGCCGAGGGCACCGGCAAGUUCUGCCCGCUGCGCUCCUUCCCCGACAUCGCCUACAAGAAACUGGUGCAGCGGGAGAAGAGUCUGAAGCUGCGGGGUGUGGAUCGCACCCCGUACCUGGGGGACGUGGCCGUGGUUGUGCAUGCCGGGAAAAAAGAGACGGGGACGCCCCUGGCCGAUACGCCCACCCGGCCGGCCACGCGACACGGGGGCAUGAGGGACCUGCACGAGUCCAGCUUCAGCCUGUCCGGUUCUCAGAUCGAUGACCACGUUCCAAAACGAGCCUCGGCCCGGAUUCUCGCUCCCCCCGGGGGCCGGUCGAGCGGCAUCUGGUAGAGCCGGGGACCUGUCCCCCGAGUGAGGAGCAGGCGCCGCGCCCCCGGACCCGGACCCGGCUCCGGCGGGGCUCCCCUCGCCGCGGGGGCCCCGCCCGGUCCCCCGUGCUGCCGGCGGGGCCGUGCCGGCGGCGGGGCCGUGCGCGGGGGCCGCGGAGGGCCGGGGGGCAGUGGGUGCACCCCCCCCCCCCCAGGCCCUUUUCUGUUUGCACGUUGGAUUUGGAUCAGUGAAUUUUUGACUUGUUUGUGCAUCACGUGGAAAUACUCUGAAGUGGUUUGUGUCACUAGCGUAGGGGAGACGCAGGGACGACCCCCCCCCCCACACACACCCCUUUCUGCCCCAUCCCUGAAGCCCGUCCCAAACCCACCCCCCCAUCCUGGUCAGGGCUGGUCAGGGCUGGUCAGGGCUGGUCAUCCCAUUCCUGCCCCCUUCCAUUCCCAUCUCUUCUCCCCCAUCCCUGAACCCUGUCCCAAACCCACCCCCCCAUCCUGAGCCCAUUCCUGCCCCUUCCAUCGCCAGCUCUCCGUCCCCCAUCCCUGACCCCCCAUCUCCAUCCCUGACCCCCCAUCUCCACCCCUGACCCCCCAUCCCCCAUCCCUGACCCCCCAUGUCCAUCCCUGACCCCCCAUCCCCCAUCCCUGACCCCCCAUCUCCAUCCCUGACCCCCCAUCCCCCACCCCUGACCCCCCAUCUCCAUCCCUGACCCCCCAUCUCCACCCCUGACCCCCCAUCUCCAUCUCUGACCCCCCAUCUCCAUCCUUGACCCCCCCCCCAUCCCUGACCCCCCAUCCCCCAUCCCUGACCCCCCAUCUCCAUCCCUGACCCCCCAUCCCCCACCCCUGACCCCCCAUCUCCAUCCCUGACCCCCCAUCUCCACCCCUGACCCCCCAUCUCCAUCUCUGACCCCCCAUCUCCACCCCUGACCCCCAUCCCCCAUCCCUGACCCCCCAUGUCCAUCCCUGACCCCCCAUCCCCCAUCCCUGACCCCCCAUCUCCAUCCCUGACCCCCCAUCCCCCAUCCCUGACCCCCCAUCCCCCACCCCUGACCCCCCAUCCCCCAUCCCUGACCCCCCAUCUCCAUCCCUGACCCCCCAUCCCCCAUCCCUGACCCCCCAUCUCCAUCCUGACCCCUCCUUCCAGCCCCCCAUUUCCCGCUCUCCGUCCCCCAUCCCUGACCCCCCAUCUCCAUCCCUGACCCCCCAUCCCCCACCCCUGACCCCCCAUCUCCACCCCUGACCCCCCAUCUCCCUCCCUGACCUUGUCACCAGCCCCCAUCCCUGACCCCCACCUGCACCCCCAUUUCUGCCCCCCUGCAAGCCCCAAAGCUCCAGCCCUGGCCCCCAUCCCCAUCCCUGCGCCUCCCCAUCCCCACACGCCCCUUCCUCCCCACCUUGAGCCCCCCCUGCCCCGCAGUGAGUGGUGUCACACACCUGGGCCACACACCUGGGUCACACACCUGUGUCACACAAGUGUCACACCUGGGUCACACACCUGGGUCACACCUGCACAGGCCCGGGGGGUGUUUGCACACGCGUGUGCACAGGUGAACCCCUGGGUGUGGUCACCUCCCAGGUCGCCCCUCACCUGCCAGGUGUGGUCCCAGGUCAUUGCUCACCUGCCAGGUGAGGUCCCAGGUCAUUGCUCACCUGCCAGGUGUGGUCUCAAGUCACCCCUCACCUGCCAGGUGUGGUCCCAGGUCAGUUCUCACCUGCCAGGUGAGGUCCUGGUCACCUCCCAGGUCCCCCCUCACCUGCCAGGUGCGGUCCCAGGUCCCCCCUCACCUGCCAGCCCCCAGCCCUGCCCCCGGGCCCGUGUGUGUGUGUGCCCCCCCCCAGGGGUCCCUCUGCCCUGGUUUUUGGGGUGUCCCGGCCCUGGUCCCUCCCGCCCCCCGUCCCUGUGCCCUCCCCCUGUAGGUGCCUGUAGGUGUUUGGGGGCCGGCGGGCCCUGGGGGGGUCCCGAGCCCCCCGGGGUUCCCGCACGGCCGAUUUAGGAACAUGCCGUCCUGUGUGCUCAUUAAAGACCGUUCACAGCG